AAAGUUCUUCAAGUUUAUAUUUGGCCAUUUUGCCUAACACUUCCUCCGCCGCUAACUUUUUACUCUCUUGCCGUGAACUUCCUCUACUUGUCUUUUUUCCAAGACAACAAUUGAAAUUGUGCUUAUUGGAGUAAGGAAGCAGUAAAAAUGCUAGUAUUAUUUGAAACGCCGGCAGGCUUUGCGCUUUUCAAAGUACUUGAUGAAGGAAAGCUCUCUAAAGUAGAGGACUUGUCAAAAGAGUUUACAACGUCGGAUUCUGCUAGAAAGGUUGUCAAGUUGAAAGCUUUCUCUAAGUUUGAAAACACUUCAGAAGCACUGUCAGCAGCAACUUUAUUGAUAGAUAGCAAGCCUAGCAAAGGACUACGAAAGUUUUUGAAAGCGCACUGUGAUGGUGAAACACUAGGUGUUGCUGAUUCAAAGCUUGGAAAUGCGAUUAAAGAGAAACUGCAAAUUGAAUGUGUUCACAAUAAUGUUGUGAUGGAAUUGAUGAGAGGGUUGAGAAGUCAGUUAACUGAACUCAUAUCUGGUCUGGCCACUCAAGACUUGGCUCCAAUGAGUUUGGGUUUGUCUCACAGUCUUUCAAGAUACAAGCUGAAAUUUAGUCCUGACAAGGUGGAUACAAUGAUUGUCCAGGCCAUUGGUUUGUUGGAUGAUCUUGAUAAAGAGCUAAACACUUAUGCAAUGAGGGUACGAGAAUGGUAUGGUUGGCAUUUUCCCGAGCUCGCAAAGAUUGUACAAGAUAACAUCCUUUAUGCCAAGGCGGUUAAGUUGAUGGGUGACCGUGUCAAUGCCGCAAAGCUUGAUUUCUCUGAGAUACUUCCGGAAGAGGUCGAGGCAGAACUGAAAGAGGCAGCCAUGAUUUCAAUGGGAACUGAAGUCAGUGAUCUUGAUCUGGAGAAUAUUAAAGAUUUAUGCAGCCAAGUUCUGUCCUUCUCGGAGUACCGGGCUCAGUUGUAUGAUUAUUUGAAGAGCAGGAUGAAUACCAUUGCCCCAAAUCUUACGGCUCUAGUUGGAGAACUUGUUGGUGCUCGCCUUAUUGCCCAUGGUGGCAGCUUGAUGAAUCUUGCAAAACAACCUGGAAGUACAGUACAGAUACUUGGGGCAGAAAAGGCACUCUUUAGAGCUUUAAAGACGAAGCACGCUACUCCCAAGUAUGGGCUUAUAUAUCACGCGUCUUUGAUCGGUCAGGCAGCACCAAAACACAAGGGUAAAAUCGCAAGAUCUCUUGCCAGUAAAGCUUCUUUGGCAAUUCGAUAUGAUGCUCUUGGAGAUGGCCAAGAUAAUACAAUGGGUUUGGAGAAUCGGGUCAAGCUUGAAGCCCGAUUAAGAGCUUUAGAAGGCAAAGAGUUGGGUAAAUCAGCUGGUUCUGCUAAAGGGAAACCUAAAAUCGAAGUUUAUGACAAGGAUCGUAAGAACGGCGCAGGAGCAUUGAUAACACCAGCUAAGGUUUACAAUCCUUCUGCUGAUUCUAUUCUCGGACGUGAUGAAAACGAGGAGCAAAAGAUGAAUAUAGAUGAACCACCAUCUCAAAUUAAGGAAGCUGAGAAGAAAAAGGAAAAGAAGAAGCAGCAGCAUGCUGAAGCAGAGGAUAAUGUUGUAUCAACUGAUGGUGCUGACAAUGGUGACUACGAAGAAACGAGUACGAAGGAGGAGAAGAAGAAGAAGAAGAAGAAGAAGAAGAAGCGCGAUGGUACUGAAGAAAAUGUUGAAGUGGAAAAAAGUAAGAAAAAGAAAAGAAAACAUGGUGAUGUUGAUGAGGAUGAAAUUGAAACUGCUGAUAAAAAGAAAGAGAAGAAGAAAAAGAAGAAGAAGACUGAAGAAUAAGAUGGACACAAAUGCUAAGACUUUCUCUCAACAUCUUUAUUUUAUUUAAGUCAUUGGUCUCGUAACUGUAAGUAGGUCCAUUAUUCAGCCUACAUCAUCCAUGCCUUCGAAGCUUGAUCCUGCCCUAAGAAUUAUACUCGUUACCUUGUUUCGAUUGAACUCGUUGGUUUUAUGCUCAAUUUGGUCGUAACUCGGUUCAAGAACCUUCUCUUAUAGAUUCUCUUCACCAAGUCACCGCCACUCCGCCUGCAAUCAACUGGCAUCAACAGUUUUGGUACUUAGGCAUGGUUCAGUGUCUUAAAUUAGUUUUUGCUCUUUGUAAUCUGACUUUGAUGCAGAUUCUUGGAUUGAUUUUACAAAUAAUUUUAUCUUAGUAUUCAACAA